UUUGGACCUUGUCGUUUGCCGUUGUGAAAGCGUCCAUAGCACCCACAGAGAUGUUGGCAACGAAAAGAUAACCCGAUCAAACUCACUGAAGCGAGGAACAUUUGGCUUUUAUUUACAUGUAUUUCGUUUAUUAAUAAUGUGAAGAUGACCUCAAACAAUCCAUCAGUUUUUCUUCUCAUGGUUAACGGACAAAUCGAAACAGCUAAUUUUCCAGAAUAUGAUGACCUGUAUUGCAAGUAUUGUUUUGUGUAUGGACACGAUUGGGCGCCUACGUCAGGGUUAGAAGAAGGAAUAUCUCAAAUAACAUCAAAGGGAAGUGGAUCUGAGAAUCUGGUGUGGAAUUUCCCAUUGGACAUCACGUUUAAAAGCACCAAUCCAUUUGGCUGGCCUCAAAUUGUAGUUAGCGUGUAUGGCCCAGAUACAUUUGGGAAUGACGUAGUCCGGGGAUAUGGGGCUGUGCACAUCCCCUUUACUCCUGGAAAACACACCAAAACCAUUCCCAUGUUUGUUCCCGAGUCCACAUCAAGACUGCAGAAGUUCACGAGCUGGCUGAUGGGAAGGCGUCCAGAGUUCACAGAUCCCAAGGUUGUCGCCCAGGGAGAAGGAAGAGAAGUUACAAGGGUGCGCUCGCAAGGUUUCGUGACGCUGCGGUUCAACAUUGUUACCAAGGACAUGAAAAAGCUGGGUUAUGACACUAUUCCAGAGCAUACACCUGCUGCAGGACUGACACAAACAGAGCAGAUGUAUGGAACGUAAUUUUAACGGAAGAUAAAGGCCUUGUUAACAGCUUUCAGGAAUUUUGAGACAGGAUCUGAAUGCUUAGUUUUAUGUAGUUUUGCACCGUUUUGUAUUUAUAGAUGUUAUAUCAGUUUUGUAAGUUUUAAUAAACUGUUGUUGAGUUUA